CGCCAUAUCGUGAGUGGUGAAGAGUUACACAACAGAUGAGAUUCGAAAACCUGAGAUUUUUAAGACGAUUGUGUCAAUGAAUUUAAAAGGUCAAUAUGGCGGAGGAAAAACCAAAGGAAACCGUACUACAAUACCAAUUAGAAAUGAUACGGCAGUUACGUGAUUUAUUUUCAAAAGAUCAGUUUCUCUACAUUUGCAAAGAGUUCCUGUUAAUGAAGUAUGUUACUGCAAACGAUACUGACGACAAAACAGGAAUGGAAGAUCUAUUUAUGACUUUGAAGAAGAAGGGAGUCGUCAAACUUGGGGAGUAUAGACGUGCCCGUGAUAUUCUUGUUCAUCACAACGUGGAAGCAGGAGAGAUCAUUGACAAGUAUACAACACUGAUACAUCAAGAAAGUGCAGGUUUAUCAAAAGCUAAACGAACGCGGACUGGAGCUCAGCAAGAGCAUGGACAUUCCUCAGGACACUCCAAAGCCAAAAAACAGAAAACCAGCGUUUGGAAGCAAGAGGGAAGCCAUGAUUGGAAUAACAAAAGCUAGAAUUGAAGAGGAAAUGAAGAAUAUAUUCAUAGUCACCAAAGGUUUUCAAGAUGCUAAAGAAAAGCUCCAAAAAACUGGAGUAGUAGUUAUCAAGGGAAACACUGGGGAUGGCAAAACAACCAUUGCUAUGCAACUCCUACAUUGGCUUAUGGAAGAACAGCCAAGCAGACAGCCCCUUCAACUUCAUGACAUUACAGAUUUUGAUUUAGCGCCUCCUAAAACACAAUUAAUUACAUUUGUCGAUAACAUGUUUGGAGAGAAAGAUGUGUAUGAUAGAGAUGUUGCAGAGUGGAACAAAAGGAUCAAAUCUGUUCUUCCAGCACUUUGUGGGAAUAAACAAAAACAGGCAAAUUUUCUGGUCAAAUCAAUUCGUAACGAAGUUUUUAACUCUUUGAAAAGAGAUUCAUUAGAGAAUGUUUUUGUUGGAUCUAACACAGUUGAUAUAAGCUCUAAAGAUUACAAAGUUGAAAAGGAAAAAAUGGAACUUUUAGACUUGUACAAACCAUUACAUGGUGACUUUUCAUGGAGAGAUAAUGAAAAGAAAGCAAUAGUCCUCUGUGAACCAGGAAUUGGAUUCCCACAAUGCUGUAAGCUGUUCAGAGAUUUUCCAGAAUUGCAGAAAGAUAGAGUAAAGUUUUUCGAGAAGCCUUAUUAUUUUCUAAACGGGGUCUUGUCAAAAUUAGGUGAGUGUUCUGCACUUUUGUUUCUUUUCCUAAAUGGGGGGAAAAUUAGGUCAAAGGAUCUAGAUCCUAACGGGGACAAAGUCAACAAAACAUUGCUAGAAGAAUCAUUUGCGAUAGGGUCAAUGCAUGUUGGAGAUUCAAAAAUUGCAUCGACAGAUUUCAAUCAAAAAAUUGGAUAUGUGCAGAAAAGUUUAGACUCCUUUUCGGGAUUUUUGGUGGCAAAAGAUACAUGUAGAUUAAGUGGCGAUUUUGUGUACAGCUUUUACCAUUACUCGGUACAGGAAACGGUGUCACUUCUGUAUCAGCAUACCACACCUAUUGGCUUCAUACAGAAUUGUCCACGAACAUGCUUAUACAAUCUUACUACCUCAAAAACCUCUUCACACCGAAUGGUAUUACUACCUGAUCAUUAUUCAUACAUGUAUGAUCGUGUACUUCGGGAGUUUGAUAGCACAGAUCCACGUGAUUAUAGCAUUGACUAUCUGCGUGUUUGGACUAAUGAUCAAUUUAUGAAAGGGUUUAUGAGUUGGCUGGAUGAUAAAAGUCUUGACAAACUUGAUGUUGUGAAUAAAGCAUGUUCUGCUCAUGCAACGAAAUGUGCUUUAUAUCUUAUGUCCAAGGGAAUAAUACCUGACAAUUUCGCAACAUUUUGGUCUUUGAUUGAGAAAUAUUCGUACUGCGAAGGUGGUUUUGUAGGAGAUGUCGAUGUACUAAAGGAAAUUUUCCCAUAUUUGAACGAUGAGAUGAAACUCCCCCUGUUUAAUGAAGCAUGUGAUUGUUCAGAUGAAUGUGUUUUAUAUCUUCUUUCUAAAGGUGUACAACCUGGCAAAGGCACAGAUUUGCCGAGCUUGUUUGAAUCAUAUCCAUAUAGGCAAGACGACCAUGAUAAUAAUUUCAGUGUAUUUCAGGCAGUUGUUGGAUAUGUGAAUGAUGAGGUGAAAGUUGAAUUGUUGGACUACGCAUUUGACUUUUAUUCACCUGGAUAUGUUUUUUAUCUUCUUCGUCAGGGUGUCAAACCUAGCAAGUUUACAUCACUGUGGUCAUUUAUCGAGGAAGAUAAUGAUUCAUGUUAUUAUGAUGAAUGGGAAAGAUGGGAUAUGCUUGUAAACAUAUAUUUUAUGGUGGAUGAUGAUAUCAAAUCUAACUUGUGGAAACAAGCAUGUUCUUACGGGCCAAUGGACCCUGUUUUGAAACUUUUGAAACAGAAUUUGGGUACAUGUAUUGACAUAGACGCAUUUUGGUCGGGGCUUCAGGGGGUUAAUCAGGAAGAGAUACUUAUGGAAGUUGUUGUAAACCUAGAUGAUCAAAUGAAAUUAGAGUUGUUGCAUAAAGCCUGUUCUACUCAAACAGAAGAAUGUGUCUUGGAAUGUCUUCUAGCUGAUGAUGUGAAAUGUGAUGAGAACACGCCGUUUUGUGUUGUGAAAAGAAAAUGUAUGAAUGUGCUUAAAAACAUUGUCAAUGAUUUGACUGAUGAUAUCAAACUUUUUCUGUUAAAUGUAGCAUGUUAUAUUGGUUAUGAAGAAUGUGUUUCAUAUCUUCUAUCCGGGGAUGUAGAAUGUAAAGAGAACGCGCCAUUUUGUGUUGUGAAAAGGGGGAGUGUGAAUGUGCUUCGAUCGAUCAACAAGGAUUUGAGAGAUUCGAUCAAACCUGUACUGUUAAACCUAGCAUGUUAUACUGGAUCAGAAGAAUGUGUCCUGUUUCUCCUAUCAGAGAGUGUGGAACCUGAAACUAUAACGCCAUUUUAUUCCGUAAAGGGGGGAAAUGUAAAUGUAUUACGUAAACUGUUGGAAUAUGACAUCACUCUUUCAACAAGAGCAUACAAGUCAAAUAAUUCAUCUUAUCAUGUUUGCAAUAUUAAUGUCCUGCACGAGGCAUGCUUGUUAGAAAAGGAAGAAAUGGUGGCAGUGCUAUGCGACACUUGCAACAUUUUGGCUCAUGGAACGGAUGAGUUAAAACGAAGCUCGCUUCAACAUGUUGCAAUGACAGGGAACUUUCAAAUAUUUCAAAUAGUAGAAAGAUCUGUCAUGAAAUCCUUGAGUAGAGAUGAGAAUAAACACAUGUGUGAAUCAGUAAAUGGUCGCGUGGUCCACAAAAUGUGUGUGUGUGCUAAGUACAUGGAACGGUUAGUGGAUGUAUGUGGAUGGACAGUGUUACAUGAAAGUUGUGUAAGAGAAAACAAAGAGCUUUGCUUAUAUUUGUGUCAGUCGUACCCAGCGCUAACUGCAGUUGUAGAUAAAGACGGCCGUCAUUGUCUACACUACUUAGCCGAAUGGAUGUCAGUUGAAACGUUCACUGAUUGUGAAACCCAGGUAAAACAGUACCUAGAAUCAACAGGACGUAGGUAUGACAUUACAACCAUACUUGACAAUAACGGGAGAACAGUGUUGCAUGAGGCUUGCAUGAGUGGACACAUGGAACUUUGUUUACACUUUUGUCAAUCGUACCCAGAACUAACCGCAGUUGUAGAUAAGUAUGGGGGUCAUUGUUUACAUUACAUUGCUAUGUCACGCACGUCUAACGUAGAAAUGUUCAAUGAGUGUGAAACCCAUGAAAAACAAUAUCUAGAAUCAACAGGACGUAAACAUGAUAUCACAACCAUACUUGACAAGCAGGGAAAAACUGUGUUAGAUAAAGCAAAGUACCAGGAGGGGGUUAACAAUCAUUUGUAUGACCAUCUUUUGGAUGAAUUUCUUAGUUGUAUUUAAAGGGAAUUUCGUUCGGUUUCGACAUUGUAGACAUUCAAACGUUUUAACAGCUGCAGUUCACUAAAUGCAAACAUAUUCACAUGAAUCCGUGUCUUUUUAUCAUAUAUUGAACUGUUGAUAGUGUCAUUUUUACCAUAUGUUGUAUAUUCAAUAUUGUCAUUUCUAUCGUAUUUUGUACAGCCAAAAAUGUCAUUUUUGUUGAAUAUUGUACCGUCAAUAACGUAAUUUUUAUCAAAUAUUGUAUCGUUAAUAGCGUCAUAUUUUGUGAAGUGUUGGACUAACGUUUUUGAGGCCUAAAGUUAAAAUGUUUGGCAAGGUUUUUGGUGAGGUGUUGGACCAACACUAUUAAUAGGCUGUUGUCUAUUAUAAGGUUGAAAUAUAUAUAAGAUGUGUUAGCAAUGUUCUGAACCAUAUUUUCAUAUUUUAAGGGCCAAAAAACAUUUUUUUAUGACUUAGUUAAUUUCUCUUAAGCAUGAGGUUAAAGUUAUUUGAUAAGUUGUUUUGUGUAGUUUCUGAACCAUAUUUGUAUAUUUUAGAAGCCAGAAACACCUUAAUUGGACGCGGUAAACAUUUUUGUGGAAGUUUGCAUGUGUAGUGUCGGAUCGGUCCCCACCAUCAUUACAUAGUUGACUAUUUCACGUUGUCUGGUCAUCUCUUCUUCUGAAAUGUACUACAUGCUAAGGUACAGCGAAGCCUUGUUAUAUUGCCACCAUUUAAAAAAAAAAACAUUGACAUUAUCAAGGGGAUGGGCAAUAAUUGAGGUAAACGUAUACAGAAAACAUUAAGAAAAACACAAUUUAAUGGACCUGAAAAUAUGUUGGUGGUUAGCGAGGAGGCAAAUGACAUGACUGCCACUAUAUCAAGGUUUUACUAUACCUGUGUUUCUUUUGAUAUUUGCUAUUGUAAACCAAAUAUCAGUAAUAGGCGAACUAUGCUGCUCUCCAGCAGCUCUUCUUAUUAAAUAUUGUACCGUCAAUAGUGUCAUUUUUAUCAAAAUUGUACCGUCAAAAGUGUAAUGUUUUAUCGAAUAUGGAACAGUCAAUAGUUUUUUUUUCAAAGUUGUACGUCAAUAGUGUAUUUUUUAGCUCAACUGGUACGAAGGACCAUGGUGAGCUGAUGCCAUACUGCAGCGUCCGCCGUCCGUCCGUCAACUGUACCUUUAAAACGUUUUUUUGUCCAGAACGGCCCAGUAAAUUUUGACUAAUGUUUGCUUUUUGUUGAGGUUUAAGGGAUAUAAACCUCAAUGGGUUUUGCGACAAAUUUUAUGAACUGCGAUUCUAUCCUUAUAUUGACAUUCAGUGCGAUAUUGAUAUUUUAUGGAUAAUUUUAACAUAUAUCGGUCUUGUGUAAGUGUAACACCUCGGGAGGUAUCGAAGCAUAUGAUGUCAUCAUCCAUUGUGAGAUGUCGUCCUGGUUAGAUAAAUAAGUUGAUUGCAUUGAUUACAACGAAAAAACCAAAAAAAGGUGUUAACUGUAUUUCUUUAAUUCAAUUAAAAAUGUCUGACAAAAAAACCUACAAUCCAUUAAUUAAUAGAACUACUUCCCGCGCUCUGAGUAAUCAGGUUGAUAACAUGCUGGUGAAUUCAUACGCAAACUGAAAAGUUCAUUGCAAAAUAACCUUUCAACGUGUCUAGUAGGUAUAUUGAGUCCAAGUUCAGUAGAAAUGUCAAUAUAUAGCGAUUGUGUCAUGCAAAUGUGUAUAAAUAUUGCGGCAGAGCAAUUUCUUGAUACUUAUCUUUCAUAUGUAAUAUUAACACAUAAUUUGUAAUGUUUGUUUCUGUAUCUUCAUAAUGUAUAUGAAUUGUAUUUACUUGCAUUUUGUUUAUAAAC